GCGACUACAGUCCUUUAGAUGAAUCUGACCACACCUUCUGUAAGCACCACCGAAACCUGAGAUGCUCAGACACUGUGAAGGGCUGGCUUUCAGCUUUGUCUUUUUCCUUUAGACACAGCUAAGGAGAGAUAUUGGGUGUUAGCGUAUUAGCAUACAAUGUUUAUUAAUUUUUUUUUUUUUUUACGCAAUCGCUGUCAGCGAAACCAGGUACUUAUAGUCACGGAAGGUUAAAGAGAUGAAAGAUCUGGGUUCAACUGCAGCCGGAUGAAGUUUUUUUUCCUCCUUCUCCCCUUUUUUCCUCCACAAAGUUCCUAUGUUUUUCUGUAUGAAUCGGAGAACAGUCUUGUGAGUUGCCAGUCAUUUGAAGAAAAAGAUUGACGCUGUUUGAGAUCAUUUUUCUGGAAAUUUCCUUUUUUUGGGGAGUACAUAAUUAAAGCAGUCUUAUCUCAGGUGUCCCUGCUGAUCUUCACCAAACAUGAGAAUCCAGAGGGCUCUGCGGGGCUCGUACCUGGGCUGGAGGCGCGCCACAUGGCUGCUGCUCUCCCUCCUGGUGUCUCUGCUCCUGGUGGCUGUCAGCGUCAUCCUUCAGUUCGGAGACUUUAAAAUAACAAAGAGAUCCCUUACACUCAAUGUUACAAAUCCCAUCCACGUUCUUUCACUUGUGCGCCUUGUGAACGGCCAGAACAGGUGCGAGGGCCGCGUGGAGGUCCAGCACAACGGCACCUGGGGGACGGUGUGCGACGACGACUGGGACAUGGUGGACGCCAACGUGGUGUGCCGGCAGCUGCGCUGCGGCUCGGCGGUGGUGGUGGCCAGCAGCUCGGCCUUCGGCAAGGGCUCCGGGCCCAUCCUGCUGGACAACGUGGACUGCAAGGGCGGGGAGCGCGACCUGGGCCAGUGCGGGAGCCUGGGCUGGGGCGUCCACAACUGCUACCACUACGAGGACGUGGCCAUCACCUGCAAAGACACAUCGGGGCUGGAAUCACGAGGACACGCCGAUUUCACGACCCCUCCUCGGAGGAACAAUAUCCUGAGGGACGGCUCUAUCCGGCUGAUAGGAGGGCCAAACCGUUGUCAGGGGCGAGUCGAGAUCCAUUACCGCGGAAACUGGGGCACAGUGUGCGAUGACGACUGGGACCUGGCGGACGCGGGGGUGGUGUGCCAGCAGAUCGGGUGCGGCCACGCCCUGUCGGCCACCACCAACGCGUAUUUCGGCUACGGGACGGGCCUGAUCCUCCUGGACAACAACAACUGCGCGGGGUAUGAGCAGCAGCUGGCGUCCUGCUCCAGCCUGGGGUGGGGCAUCCACAACUGCGGUCACCACGAGGACGCUGGGGUCGUCUGCUCAGGGACAGGGUCUACAACAGCUCCGCCUCUGGACACCGCGACGCUGGGGAGGGGAAGAUUCUUCGACACGUGGAGCACAGCAAUGACAGAUAUUACUGUUGCAGUCACUGAAAAACCAACCACCACUCAGACUACCACACAGUCGACGACAAAAGCCCGGCCCAUGAUCCGCGUGGUGAACGGGAACAGCAGCUGCGAUGGGCGGGUGGAGGUCCUGUUCCACAGUAUCUGGGGCACGGUGUGCGACGACGAGUGGGACAUGACCAACGCCCAGGUGGUGUGCCAGCAGCUGGGCUGCGGCCCCGCCCUGGAGGCCAAGGGCCUGGCCUACUUCGGCUACGGCUCGGGCCCCAUCCUGCUGGACAACGUGGACUGCAGGGGCAACGAGCGCUCCCUGACCGACUGCUUCCACCUGGGCUGGCUCCAGCACAACUGCGGCCACCACGAGGACGCCGGGGUCGUCUGCAUGCGUAAGGCGCUCCCGCGGCAACGGCCUCCAUUUGUGAGCAGUCCUUCGAUCUCACGAGAUUUCAACGUAGGCAAGCCUGCCACUACAAAGACACCAGUGGAAGGGUCCCUGAGGCUGGUGAACGGGCGGCACCCCUGCGAGGGCCGGGUGGAGAUGUUCGUCCAGGCGCGCUGGGGCACGGUGUGCGACGACGCCUGGGACCUCCCGGACGCCCAGGUGGUCUGCAGGCAGGUGGGCUGCGGGGAGGCCACCCACGCCCGCGGCGAGGCCUUCUUCGGCCGGGGGAACGGCACCAUCCUCCUGGACAAUCUGAAGUGCAGCGGCCUGGAGACCUCCCUCCAGGAGUGCUCCCACAUACCCUGGAACGUCCACAACUGCGACCACUCGGAGGACGCCGGCGUCACCUGCGUCUUGUUGUGAUUCACCUCCGGCCAAACCAGCUUCUGGCGAUUAAAAAAAAGGAACCGCGGACUUGUAAACACUUGUAAAUAACCACUGACCCUCCUUGAACAAAAAAAAAAAAGAACAAAGCAAAUAUGAAUAUGAAACAAAUUAUAAAUGUUAUUAUAAUUAUAUUCUUAUUGUGCACUUUAUAAAUAAUUUAUAUACAAACAUGGGCGCACACAUAAAUAUAAAUAUAUAUAUAUAUCGACAUACAAACAUUUUUCAGAUACAAGGGACACCAAAGGUUUAGACUGAUUCUUUGCAUUGAGUCGCUGAAAUACCUAGUGCACAUGCCAUAACAUCUGAAAUAAUUUGAUAGUUAAGCAAGUUAUGCUGAGGCAGGGACAUUGAUAAUUGUGAGCUCAGAUAUAAAAGUUCUCUCUCUAUGCUCUUCUCUUCCACACAGACAUUCUGUAAUAGAUUACAUUCUGUAACAGUCAAUCACAACAAGCAGAGUCUAGUCUCUUUUUUUUACAUUCAGGAAAGUGGACAAUGCGUGUCCUCACAUGAAGAAAGCACCAGCUCACAAACUAUCCGCCAUGUUAAUUUAUUACUGAUCGGAAGGAGCCACAUAUCUGAUCAAAGGAUCAAUGGGGCAUUUCUUUCCCAUAUUCUGGUCUUGUGCCGUUUAAAACCAGCCCUAAUCCUUGUAAAUAAUUCUGUUGAACGUAGAUUGUUUCCUGUUAUGAAUUACGGACACUCUGGUUUUUGUGACUUUAUUAAUUGGGAUCAAUUAAGCUUGACAAUUAGCGCUUGAAAUGCACAGGUAUCCUUUCUGACGUUGAUCUCUCACUGUAGUCCACUUUAAAUCAAAAAUAGCUGUUACCCUGCAGCCUGCUCCAAUGAACGCCACCGAUUCGUUUUUGCUGUAUUGUUUAUUAUUGCUAUGUUCAUUUUGCAGUUGAGUAUGUAAUAUGUGUGUGCUGAAUUAAUUGAUCAAAUAUUCCAGCUAUAUAAUUCAGUCAUUGUCCGGUAAAUUUCUCACAGUGAUUUGAUUCUGGACAGUGUCUGAUAACUCCAGGGACAUCCAAUCCUACCUAUUUACCACGCUAUUGUACAGCUCGCCUAGGUCAUCCAAGUAAUUCAUCUUUAAUGUGAUUGAUAGAAUCAACCAAUGUAUUUCAUAGUGGAUCGUUUGAAAUAGGACUUGAAUGCCUGACUAGAACUAAGAAUCCCAAAUGCUGAAACAUCCUGACAUUUGAAUCACUGGUUCUGAAGUCAUCACACUGAACUAAGCACGUGUUCUGCCGGAAAUCUCAUUUUCUUUAUUUAUGUCUUUCACUGAAAUAAUUCAUUCCGAUUUUCUCAUAAUUGAUCAAGUCUUAGUUAAUUUGACAAUUCUGGCUUGGAAGGAUGGGUUUCUCAUUUUAGAUACCCACUUUAAAAAAAUUUCUUUGGAUGAAACUUCAAAAGAACCAAAAAUAUUCAGUUGAAGUAAAUAUUUUAGGAUUAUCGAAUGAAACCUCUUUUUUCCAGUGCUUGAAACUUUCGGUGAUAGCCACAGACAAAGAAGGAAAUAAAACCGUUAAACAUGUCAAUUGAAGAAGUGAAAGCUCUGAAGAUUCUCAGGUUCGAAGCAUUGACACCAGACAGACAUGUCCAGUGCGCCCUACUUAGACUCUACAAGAUACCGCAGUGUUUUCAUAAUAGAGACGAUUGGACCACUUCCCCCGUUUCCCGUUAUAUCAUGGCACCGGCCCUUUCCAAAUUUAGGCCAGGUUGAAAUGGUUAUGAACAUAUCGAUGGCUUUGCAGUAAUCAAUUUACACAACUUGUCUCUCGCGGCAGCGAUCUUGGAACAGUACGUCGCUGAAAUGUAGAACAGUUGAGUCAUGUUUGAUGUGAUGAGGAGACUCACAAGCUUGUUCUGAAGAUUUGAACCUGGAGCAUCGGGCAGUGCUCUCAUUCCCGGAAGUCAAACCAUGUAAAAUAGUUCCUCCAGCUUCCACGGUGGUUGGAAACAUCACUGCAGCUGAAUUAUAGUAUAGCCACAGCAAAGUAUCUAUUUCAACUUCAAGUGAGGGACUGGCAUUUCCUCCAUAGGGGAUAAGAAAAAUAAUGUGUGUACUGGUUUAAUUGUAAUCCAUUGCCUCCAUGUACAGAGUUGCAGAAAAUGUUAUGGUCUCUAUGUAAGGUGUUAAUAUAUUUAACUGGGAAUAAAGCAUGUUAUGUGUCAAUCAAAUGUUCAUAUGGAAAAUGUCAUUUCGUUUGUUUUUUUACUUCACCUAAAAAAAUUGUGACUCACCUGAGAUUCAAUGUUUAAAAAUGGAAAUAAUAGAGAGUAUGCACAACAAUGAACAGACAAGACAGGGAGCUAUACAGGUAUUGUUAGAGUAAGUGGGAAAAUGUAAAAAAAAAAAGGGAACAGAUGAAAACAUGGCUUCUCUGCACAGUUGUGUUUUAGGUGUUUUUUAAGUGGGCUGCUGUGGGGAAAGAGUAGGUUACAAAGCCUGUGUACU